GAGGAGAGGAGAGGGGGGAGGCAGCAGACGGACAACGACGGCAAGAGAAUUUUUGAGUAAGUGUGCAACUGGCUCUGGAAGGUGUCGCCAUGUCUGCUCUGCGUUUGAUUCGGCCACUCGGUCGAAGUCUGCGAUGUCAACCUUCAGAACAACUUCUUGGCCGAAAUGUGAAUGUUUCGCGAGUGCUCUGUGCAUUCAUCACAAGCAAAGCCAACAUGGGUGCAUACCAACGCCCUGCCCCAUUCCCAUACAAGGAGAAAAAGUACAACUACUGGCACCAAUACUUUGACCGCACGGUCGACCGUUUCGAUGAAAACACCAAGGUUCUGGUGGUGGAUGGGCCCAUUGGUGCAGGCAAGACGACGUUUGCUAAGCAGCUUGCCGCCGAUCUUGACAUGCUGUACGUGCCGGAAGCUGAUUUCGACAUGUUUUACUUAAAUGCGUACGGUGCAGAUUUGCGCUCCCUCAAUAGCAAGCUUUCACCAAAUGCUCAGUUUGUUGACGUGAAGGAGUUCUAUCGCAAUCCUAAACACGUCAACUCAGGAGUAAUGCAAGUUCAGAUGCAAGAAAUCAGAUUUGAUCAAUACAUUGAUGCUCUAGCUCAUUUGCUCAACACAGGCCAGGGUGUUGUGUUGGAUCGAUCCAUCUACAGUGACUUUGUUUUCAUGGAAGCCAUGUAUGAAUCUGGGUAUAUGACCAAACAAAUUAAAGCCUAUUAUGAAGAACAGUAUAAAAGCAUGAAAAUUAUGCUGAAACAACCUCACCUUGUUAUUUAUUUGGAUGUACCUGUAAGUAUUGUUCAGAAACGUAUCAAGGAGAGGAAUCGUGAUUGGGAAGUGAAUUCGUCCGUUCUUACGGAGAAGUACCUGGGCGCUAUUGAUAGAGUUUACAAAGAGAAGUUCUUGAAAGAGAUGAGUCUUAAAUCAGAAGUGCUUGUCUAUGACUGGUCAAACUUUGGUGAUGUGGAAGUUGUAGUUGAGGAUAUUGAGAGGCUUGACAUGUCAGAAUCACCUUAUGAGAAGAGGUUUGAAGAUUGGAAAGUUCAAAAGGACCGAGAAUUUGCAUACAUGCGAUGGGAGUACACCAAUAACAAGGAAGCUCUCAAGGAUCAAGCUGAACCUGGUUACCUUUUCCCUGAGAUGAUGUUUACCAGCGAUGAAGCAUCACAAGUACUGGCUCUUAUGAAGGGGCUUCCUGGAGGCAAGUAUACGGAAGGAUACGAUCCUAGAGCAGGUGAUAGUGUGCUAUUUAAAUUGAAAUAAAUAGGCGGAGGCUGAGUGGUGACAUUUCAAACAAGGUCUGGGCCUUGGGACGCCAUUGUCAAUAUUGUAAGGUUCCGCUUUGUACAUACGAUAAUGUUAUUAAAUACAUACAUCU